GGAGGGAUUGAUCAAAAAGGAUAAAGGGCUCAAAGACAUGGACUACAGAGUGGUGAUGGCUGGGGGUAGGAGGUCGUAAGAGGUCUAAAUGGUAAUAGAAAAAAAUACAAAAUAAAAAAAAAGCAAUUACUCAGGCUGCGCCCCACUUGCCUUGCCAGGAGGCCGGGAACCAAGCACACGGUACAUGGCUAAGACCUGAACAGCGUCUGUGUCUUACCCAGGAUUUUAGUUCCCUCAUGGUGAAUUCUUGAUGGAUCUGAAUCUUGGUUGCUGGUAGCUCCUCAGCUGGAGAAAUGGCUGCUAUCAGAUUUGGGUUUGGAAGACUGAAUUUUCAUCUGUUAAAGAGGAGGAGUUACUUGCUGUUGAAACUCAUAGCUGUUGUCUUUGCUGUUCUUCUAUUUUGUGAAUUUUUAAUCUAUUACUUAGUUAUCUUUCGGUGUAAUUGGCCUGAGGUGAAAACUCCAGCCUAUGAGAGUGAACAAGAGACUCGUGAAUCUGGCCUGAAAGCCAUGUUUUUGGCUGAUACCCACUUGCUUGGGGAAGUAAGAGGCCACUGGCUAGACAAAUUACGAAGGGAAUGGCAAAUGGAGAGAGCCUUCCAGACGGCUCUGUGGCUGUUGCAGCCGGAAGUUGUCUUCAUUUUGGGGGACAUCUUUGAUGAAGGGAAGUGGAGCUCCCCUCAGGCCUGGGCAGAUGAUGUGGCGAGGUUUCAGAAGAUGUUCAGACACCCGCCUCAUGUGCAGCUGAAGGUAGUUGCUGGCAACCAUGACAUUGGCUUCCACUACCAGAUGGACACAUACAGAAUAAAACGAUUCAAGAAUGUUUUCCACCCUGAAAGGCUGUUUUCAUGGAAAGGAAUUCAUUUUGUGAUGGUCAACAGCGUCGCAUUGGAAGGGGAUGGCUGCAACAUUUGCUCUGAAGCAGAAGCUGAACUCAUGGAAAUUUCUCACACACUGAAUUGCUCCCGAGAGGUCAAGGGAGUGACGUCUGAUCAGCAGGAACAGCCCUCCAGCCACUGUAAGAAUGGGCAGCUGCUGUCGGCAUCAGCCCCAGUCCUUCUGCAGCAUUUUCCGCUUUACCGGAGAAGUGAUGCUAACUGUUCUGGGGAGGAUGCCGCACCUCCAGAAGAAAGGAGCAUUCUCUUUAAGGAGAGAUAUGACGUGCUUUCUCAGGAGGCCUCACAAAAGCUGCUGUGGUGGCUCCAGCCUCGCCUGGUCCUGAGCGGCCACACCCACAGUGCCUGCGAGGUGCUCCAUGGGGCAGGAAUUCCCGAGCUCAGUGUGCCGUCUUUCAGUUGGAGGAACAGAAACAACCCCAGUUUCAUCAUGGGCAGCCUGACGCCCACAGAGUUUGCCCUGGCCAAGUGCUACCUUCCCUUUGAGAACACAGUUCUGAUCACAUACUGUGGAGCAGUUGGGUUCCUUGUGGUCAUCAUAUUAGUUGACCUUGGACUUCUAGCCUCACCUUUUCUUUUUGGUUGUAAGCUGCUCAGGAAAUUUAAGACAGUGUGAAGAACAAGAGACUUUUUGCAUUUAGUAAUAUCAAAGCCAAAGAAACUGAACAUCAGGCAGUGCUCAUGUGAGAUGAGACCAAAGUGAACUGUCUUUAUGCAUAUCAUAGAAAUUCUAAAUCAUUGGUGCAAAUUGCUGCAGAAUAAAUAGUUGAUUGUACUGUUCUCAUGCUAUAAAAAUGGAACAUGUAGUCUACGACAAUAGUGUUUUCUCAUUUUAUCAAAUAUAUGUAUAAUCGAAGAUUGUAUCUGUACAAUAUGUAAACGCUAUUAAUGUCAUCACUUGCAUGCACUAGACAGCCCUUCCUUCCCCACGGUGGAGCCAGUAGCCCUGGAGCACACUUGGGAUUAGGGGUACACAAACCAAACACGCGUUUGCUUCUGUCCUCCUAAAAAGCUGUUCUUGAAUUCCUAUAUAUCAUAAAGCUGUACAAUGAAAAUAAAUGUACAGAUGCUACAAGCAGGAAUAUAUUGCUUACACAGACUUUUGUACUUCUGUGUACUUCUUUUUAGAAAAGAGUACUUUUCUCUCCAGCAGACCAAGUUGUUAAAUCUGAAUUUAAUGCCUGUCAGUGAUAAAAAUAAAUAUGAAAAAUGGACUAGGAAAUGGCUUUGGUAUUUAAAAAUAAAUAUCUUGAUAAUUUUAAGUCAGAUAAAAUGUAGUUUUUCCAAGAGUCUAGUUCUUUUUUUCAAUCAAACUUUUAAAUAGGAAGUUUAGUGACUGGGGAGUUACUGAGUAGUAAUGCAUGUAACAAUAAACUAUUUCAUUUUUUAUGUAUUUGUUCAGUUUUUCUGAAGGGAGGUAUAUCUGUUCAGUUUUUCUUCAUAUUUUACUUUGAAAGUGCAAUGAAGACUGAAAAUAAGUUCUGCUUUAUAUGUCUAAGUUCAACUGAGAGUUUUAUCAAACAAUUUAGGAUAAGAGGGGCAGGAAUUCAGUGAUAAUGAAAUAAAAUAUGUGCAUUUUUAAUGAAUGAAAAUAUGUGCAUUUUUAAUGUAAUGAAAAAAAUAAAAUUUGUUGCAUUGAUUGUCUAUAAA